AUGGGCUGCCUGGCACAUGUGAUCAACCUUGCAGUGAAGGCAGCUCUCGCAGUAGCCGCCAUACGCAAGCUGUUGAAGAUUCUGAGGGAGAUGGCGUCGUGGGUGGGCUUCUCGCCGCAGCGCUCAGGGAAGUUUCUGGGCCUACAACGGACCUUGAACGCGCAGGCCAACCCCGCCAAACCGAAGCCGGCGCUGAAGCUGGUGCAGGACUCUCCCACGCGCUGGGGGUCGACCCACGACAUGGUCGAGCGAGCCGGGGUUCUGCAGGAACCAAUCAAUGUCUUCUUUGCCCAGACACAGGUGUGUGUGAAGGGUGUGCGCGACAGUUUCUUUGGUACCACCUGCCUGUCCAAACCCACCAACCUACAGGGCUUGUCGGCGACUGACAAGAAGAAGGUCGAGAGUUUGCGCCUGACAGACGCAGAUUGGGAGACUCUGCAUGCUGUCAAGGCAUUCCUCAAUCCAUUCGCUAGAGUCUCGAAGGCAGCGGAGGGGGAGGCGUACCCUACAGUGUCGAUGGUGGUGCCGUACUACAACGGCCUGAUCGACGCUUUGGAGGCGCGCCUUGCGAAGGGGCCAUCGGCUGCGCUGAAGCCGAUGAUCGAGGCGGCGCUGGAGGUGCUGAAGAAGUAUGCGUACAUGUCCUCCAACGAGCUGUGGAUCGCCACCUUCUUGGACCCGUCCAUGAAGGCGGCGUGGUUCGAUGACGCGCACUGGGAGUCGCAGCAUCCCGAGACCGAGCCGAGGGUGAGGCCGCGUCCCACGUCUAGCGAGGUGGUCCAGCUGUAUAUCCCUAGUCGCCGUCGACUUGCAGCGCGUCUCUCAGCAAGCCAGCAGACGGGGAACGGCGGGAUGCUACAGGAUGACGAGGUUAGCAGGUACCUGUCGGAGCGGAUUCGGGAUGACGUGACAGCGUUGGAGUACUGGCGCACCGCCACCAACAUGCAGACGCUGAGGCGCAUGGCCCGGGAUUAUCUGGCGAUCCCUGCCACGUCCGCAUCGAGCGAGCGCGUGUUCUCCCUUGGCCGCAACGUCAUUUCCUGGAAGCGGCACCGCCUGGCCUCCCAGAGAUCACGAGCUUUCGCAAUUGAGGGCGAGGGUGCGGAGGACAACGAGGAGGAGGAGGACGAGGAGGAGGAGGAGGACGGGGGGGUGGGGGGGGGAGGGUGUGGAGGCUUCCGGAGACACAGCUGGCGGGGUGGAGCCUGCUGUUGGUAG